CCGGUCACGCAUGCGCAGCGCUGAUCUGCGGCGGAAGCAGAGGUGACCUCAGCCGUGGGAUCCGCGUGUCUCCAUUCCUCCGUGGUCAACAGCUCGCCGGGAAAUGGACAACUUUGACAACUUCAGCUCGUCGGAGAAGGCGGAGGCCACGGAGCUGCAGAGGAUGAUCGCCGUGGAGCAGCAGAAGGCGCAGUUCCAGGCGCAGGUGCACAACUUCACGGACGUCUGCUGGGACAAGUGCGUGGACUCCCCGGGCUCCAAGCUGGACCACCGGACCGAGGCGUGCCUGGUGAACUGUGUGGAGAGGUUCAUCGACACCACCCUGAGCAUCACCAACCGCUUCACUCAGAUGGUGCAGAAGGGAGCUCACUGAGGGCGCCGGGACCAGGGUCUGCUGGGCCGCUCCGUCUGACGGGGGGGACGGAGACCCGGGGGGGACGGAGACCCGGGGGGGAAGGAGACCCGGGGGGGACGGGGACCCGGGGGGGACGGAGACCCGCGGUCCUCUGACAGACUGCUGGACUGUAUGAUCCGUCCGUGGCUCGACCAGAGAGGUUCCUGCUGCGGGACCGCCGACAUCACAACCGUUGACUUCGGGUUCAUUCCUGUGCUGCUGGUUUUCAGUUUUAUGUCAUUUGUCCACAUGGAGGGAAGUGUUCUGCUGUGUCCUCUGUGGAAUUAAAAAAGAAACAAACCUUCUGGGAAGAA